CGCCUGGCUCUGCCCGCCUGGGCGGCGGCCCGCGGCCACGCGUCGGCGGAUGCUCGCCGAGCUGGCGAACACGCUCGCGCUGUCAUGGGUCGGCACCGAGGUGGCGCUGCACGGCGCCAGGGCGCUGCCCAGGACGCCGCUGCUCGCCGUCCUCUCCGCGGCCGUGGCGUCCAAUGCCGCCGCGCUGGCAUCUCCCCGUGGAGCUGGCGCUGGCCGUGUGCGCGGCGGCGGCCUGCGCGCUGGCGGCGUGGCGGUCGCCGAGCGCCUGCUGCGGCGCCGCGGCGCGGCUGCGGCAGGCCGCGGCGGGGCUGCUGCCGGGGCUGUGGUCGAGGCGCGCGCUCCUCUUGGGCGCCUGCGCGCUCGUGGCGCUGGCGGCGCUGUGGGCGGCAGCUUCCGCGGCGCUGCCGCUGCUGGCGCAGCUGGAGCACGCAGUCGUGCUCCGCAGGAAGCUGGUGGUGACCUCCGUGGCCUACCCCCUGGCGUGCUUCGCGGACGUGCGGAGGUCCCGGCCCUCGCUCACGCUCCAGGAGCUGCUGUGUGCCGUGCCCCGGGCGCUCCUGCUCACCUUGGCGGUCUUCCCGCUGGCCUUCAUUGUCAUCGCCGCGGUCUUUCUGGGACUCUGCGGGCUGCUAGAGGAGGUGAGCAUGGACCCGCACGUGCUGAAUUGGUCAAUCUAUCCCCUUGGGCCUGCCUCGGCGGUCAAGGAGAAUGAGGCGAAGGACGAUGGUUAUGAGGAUGAGGAUUGCGAUGAUCUGGGUGAUUAUGUUGAAAGCGGUGACGAUGGUUACGACGAUGACGAUGAUUGUGGAUUAAGCGACAAGAGAUCCCAAGCAUUCAUUCCAAGAUCGGACGAACAGCCAGCCCAGAUCGGAUGCCAAGAGGCUCCCUAG